CCUGCAUAUUUGAUUAGUCCUACAGUGGAGCAACUGAUAGGGCGGCAAGGCGGCGAAAAAAAUUGGGGUUUAGUGCCGCUGCAAAAUGGCCGGGCAGCAGUUUCAGUACGACGAUAGUGGCAACACAUUUUUUUAUUUCCUCACGUCCUUUGUGGGACUUAUAGUCAUCCCAGCCACCUAUUACCUCUGGCCUCGGGAUCAGAAUGCGGAGCAAUUACGUUUGAAGACUUUACGAAGAGUUCAUGGAAGAUGUCUGUGGUAUCGCCUUCGGCUUAUGAAAUCACAGCAGAGCAUUGUUCCAACACUUAAAAAAGCAGCCCUGUUGUUUGGGUGGGCAAUAUUUCUUUUCCUGGCCUAUAAGGUGUCUAAAUUAGAUCGAGAGUACCAGGAGUAUAACCCCUAUGAGGUCCUCAACCUGGACGCAGGGGCAUCUGUAGCAGAGAUUAAGAAGCAGUACAGGGUGCUGUCUCUAAAACACCAUCCUGAUAAAGGAGGAGAUGAAGCCACGUUCAUGAAGCUCGCUAAAGCUUACUCGGCUUUGACUAAUGAGGAAUCACGGAAGAAUUGGGAGACAUAUGGCAACCCUGAUGGCCCUAGAGUGACAAGUUUUGGAAUCGCUCUUCCUGCAUGGAUUGUCGACCAGAAGAAUUCCAUGCUGGUGCUGCUGGUCUAUGGAUUAGCUUUUAUGGUCAUACUUCCUGUGGUUGUGGGUACGUGGUGGUACCGUUCCAUCCGCUACAGCGGUGAUCAGAUCCUGAUCAACACAACACAGCUUUUCAUGCACUUUAUGUACAAAACACCUACAAUGAACAUGAAACGAUUGGGGAUGGUAUUGACAGCAGCAUUCGAGUUUGAUCCUCGUAGCAACAAAGAAGCCAUUAUAAGACCAACAGAUAACAUAGAAGUUCCUCAGUUGAUUCGAGAACUGGGAAACAUUAAUGUUAAGAAGAAGGAGCCUCCAUUCUGCUACCCCUACAGCCUGAAGGCACGAGUCUUAUUACUUACCCACCUUUCCAGGAUGGAUGUUUCUGAGGAUAUAGAGGAGGAUCAAAGGUUUGUGGUGAAGAAGUGUCCCGCCUUACUACAGGAAAUGAUCAAUGUUGGCUGUCAACUAACCAUGAUGGCAACCAGUAGAGGAGGCCUUCGGGCUCCAAGACUGACAUCCAUAGAAAACUGCAUGAAGCUCUCUCAAAUGGUGGUGCAGGGUUUACAGGAAGCCAAGUCUCCUCUGUUGCAGCUGCCCCAUUUUGAAGAGGAACACCUCCGAUACUGCAUCUCUAAAAAGUAUAAGGUGCGGACGCUGCAGGAUCUGGUCAGUCUGAAGGAUGCUGACAGGAGAAGCAUGUUGAGAUUCCUCGGGGAGGAGAAGUACGAUGAGGUCAUGGCAGUCCUCGGCAGCUUCCCCUACAUCCACAUGGAAACCAAACUUCAAGUGCUGGAUGAUGAAGACAGCAAUAACAUCACAGCAGGCUCCAUUGUUACAGUUACGGUCACCUUGACAAGGAAGAGAAUGUCUGAUAUGUUUGAGAAAGAGGAGAGCCCACAGCUGCCUACAGAAGAAGCUAAUUCAGAGGAGCAAGGUGAUGCCAAAAACAAAUCAAAAGUUUGGCAAAACAAGAAUAAAGGAGCUAAAAAAGCCACCAAAUCCAAAAAAAAGAAACUGACUAAGAAGAAACCAGUCACCCAACAGCAAGUAAAGGGAGACAAAGUCAAACAGGCCAAUGGCAACGUGGCAGGAAAUGAAUCUGCCGCUGCUUCAAAAGAGGAAGAGGAGGAACUCUCUGAGAAAGGCAGCGAAUCGGACGAGGCGGAGGGAAACAAGGACUCGCCCAGUGAAAGGGACGAGGAGAGUGACAAGCAGAGUGACACCGAGGUGGACGAGAUCACUGGAGACGAUGAGGAGGAAUGGGAGGCCCUACAGCAGAGCAUUCAGAGGCGUGAGAGGGCGCUGUUGGAGACCAAGUCAAAAGUCACACACCCCAUCUACGGCCUGUACUUCCCUGAGGAGAAGCAAGAGUGGUGGUGGCUUUAUAUCGCUGAUAGGAAAGAGCAGACGCUAGUGUCCAUGCCCAAUCACGUUUGCACGCUCAGAGACACAGAGGAGGUUGAGCUGAAAUUCCCUGCUCCAUCCAAAACUGGAAACUAUCAAUAUUCUGUGAUUCUCAGAUCAGAUUCAUACAUGGGAUUAGAUCAGAUCAAGCCGCUUAAGCUGGAGGUUCAUGAGGCAAAGGCCAUGUUGGAUAACCACCCACAGUGGGACAUCCCAGAAACCGAGGAAGAGGAAGAUGACCAGGAGGACAGUGAUGGUAUUGAAGAGUCUGAGGAAGAUGAUGAAGACAACGACUAAACCAGUCAAUUCAUAUAAACUUGAGCACAGCUCACACACACAUGUGCCCACUUAUACACACACACACACACACACACACACACACACAUAGCCCCAGACCUUUGACGUUUUCUGGGCCGCCACACACGGGAGGAUGUUGACGCCCCAUGUUCCUGUUUAAAACACAUGAAUCACAAAUCUGUCCGAACCUUUUCUCCGCAUCAUACGAUUCGAGGAACUAUUUCUAAAUUCUCCUUGCAUUCAUCAGGUUGGUAUUGAUGGCCUGUCAGAAUGGUUGUUUGUGGGGUCCAGCUGUGUUUCAGAGUUCACCAAAAGUGUCUGACCAACUAACACGUCAAAAAAAGUUAUAAUAAUAAAAACGGGCUACAGCUGAAUAAUCACACACCUCAUGACUGUCAUUUUUCAGUGUCGCAGAUAAUACUUAAAGCGUAUUUUCUACCUUAUCAUUUUGUAGUUUUAUGUAGUUUAUUAGAAUUCAGUUAUACCAGGUGUUCCCGCUUUUUAUGAGGCUGUGUGAAGUGUAUUCUGGAGUGAACCACAUGGACGCGGGUCGGGGGGCUACUGUGACUUGCAUUUCAGUUUGUCUCUACGUUUAUGGAAUUAUUUACAUUUUUGCAUUUGGCAGACUCUUUUUAUUCAAAGUGACUUUACAGCACAUUCAAGCAUGCGUCUUUGGGACUCAAACCCACAACUUUUGCGUUGCCAAUGCAGUGCUCUACCAGUUGAGCUACAGGAACUCUAUUAAAGUGCUACACAUAAAUCUCACCUUUAUUAACUUCCAGUUUCACAAAUAAUGACUGCACACAUUCCACAGCCAGAUCUGCGGUUUAGUCCUGAUUUAACUCAAUAUUGCUUAAGCUUGAAGUGCUCUCCCACUGUUUCAUGCAUAAGCGGGGAGAUAUCACGCUGCUUUCUCAGCGUAAUAUAAUCAUGUGGCCUGAGUUCAGUCGAGCACCCCCCAUUUAUUUAUCCAACUGAUUUUUGUCAACUGGAAAUCCCCACUGCAACCGUUACAAAGACACAUUGUCUGUAGCAUGAAUGUACAGACAUACAGGCCUUUUCUUAUCAAUUGGACUAAUAUGUUUUGUUGGCCAUAGAAUUGAUUUUUACAAACAAAAAAAAUCACUAUGGGACAAAUGCUUUAAUAUAUAUAUAUAGUCUUACAUUCCACGCCCUAAUUAUAAAUAAAAUUAUCUGCUUAUUCACUGUACAAUUUUUAGUGGCCAUAAUAAGGUUCUGUCAUCAUUUGCAUUUGGUUUGUAAAAGAAAAUUACCAAUGCAGGUGAGGGGAAUAAUUGAGGAUCUUUUUUCAAGUUUUACUUUACUUUUUUGUGGGGUAGAAUUUAGCAUUUUUUUGUGGAUAUGAUUAUUUUCGUCCCAUUGUAAUGUCUCUUUUUGCAGAGAUGAAAGGUUUGACACAGUAUCGAAGGCGGUUAUGUAGUGGUUGUGCACAUUGGUCUGUUCUUUUGUCAAGCAGAGGGAAGGGUUAAAGGGAUAGUUCACCCAAAAAUUCUGUCAUGAAUUACUCGCACUCUCUAGUUGUUCAAAACCUGUAUAAAUUUCUUUGUUUGGUUGAACACAGAAAGAUAUUUGGAGCCUGUAACCAAACAGUUCUUGGACCCCACUGACUACCAUAGUAGGAAAAAUUACAAUGGUAGUCAAAAGUGCCCCAGAACUGUUUGCUGUCCUACAUUCUUCAAAAUAUCUUCUUUUGUGUUCAACAGAACAAAAAAAUUAAGUAAUUUUUUCUACUAUAUAAAUGUAUACAGGUUUGGAACAACUAGAGUGAGAAAUUCAUUACAGAAUUUUCAUUUUUGGGUGAACUAUUCCUUUAAGACAAUCAAUUUGAACAUUUUUGUAAAGUGGAAAACAUGUAUAUUCAUACAUUGUUGAUUUUUAUAUUACAGGAAAUGAAAUUUACAUGUUUAUUUCUAAGGUAAUCUGUGUAUUUUUAGUUCUGUUUGGAAAACGGCAAACUUCAAGUAGAAAUCUUUACUUUCCCCCUCUGUUUUACUAUUCUAAAUAAUUCAAUUCAUGAUGAUAGGGGAAAAGUGUCAUAUUCUGGCUGCAUGUAACACACUCACAAGCAGUUUUUUAAAAUGCUAAAGGUUUUACAGAUGAAUAGACAUUUUAGUAUUAUAGCCCAAAAAAAGAAUGUAGCCUCAUGGUGUGUACUGAAAGUUGUGACUCCAGUGCACAGAUAAAGAAAAAUCAAGUCUUCGCAUACAGAGAAACUCACCAGCCAGAAAAGGGUGAAUUGCCUAGUAAACAGUAUCUGCCAUUUUUGUUUACAAGAAAACUGUCAUUGUAAAUGGAAAAUAUAUAUUAUUUGUAUUUAAAUAAUUUCAAAUAAAAUAACUUUUAAAAUGA